AUGUUCUCCGUCCUCCGUUCGACCCGCCUUUCGACCCGCCUCGUCGCCCGUCCCCUCGUGCAGCGCGCCCCGCGCGCCGUUGCGUCCCUGCACGCGUCCGCCCGCGUCCGCGCGGCCGCGGACCCGUUCAACGACCCGCAGAUCAUCGAGAUGCGCGCCAAGAUCCAGAACCACGAGGGCACCAAGGCUGCGAUCCAGAAGCUGGGCGAGCUCAUGCAGGCCAAGGGCGUCGACAUCUCCAAGCCGCCCUCGGCGAUGCAGAUGAUGAAGCUCGGCAUGGACCCCGAGAUCCGCGAGGCGGGCCAGAACAUGCAGGAGGCCGGUGUGAACCUGACGCCCGAGGUCUUCUCCAAGAUCAGGGAGCAGGAGGAGGGCAACGACAACGACAAGAAGUAG